AUGAAAUCAUUAAAAUCAUUAAUUAUAUUGGCCAUUUUGUUUAUACAGAUAACUCCAAAUUUAGCUAUAGAUUUUAUAGAAUUUUUUGGAACCAUAGAAAUUCCAUCUGAUUUAAGUUGGAUUGUGUGUAGUGAAUACCGUACUAGCUUCAUUGAUUUUGGACUAGAGUUGGCGAAAAAUGCUGAUUUAAAUAACACACAAGAAAUGGGUAUGAUUGUUCAAGGAGCGGUAAACUCCAAUACAUUUAUAAAUCACGAAGGAGGAAUUACGGCGUAUGUUUUACGCCAAAGCAAAUUAGAACAAUACACAAAGAGCGAAUUAUUCGAAGAAAGUGAGGGAAAAUUUGAUAAUUAUCCCGAUUAUUCUUGUUCUUCCCCAGUUGUAUCAUGCGGAAGGCAUACCACAGCACGUAAAUUCCUUCCGGAUUAUGAUUAUCAAUGUUUAAUAGUUGCAAAUCCUAAUUAUGAACCAGUUGUAAUCGCAUAUAAUAUCAAUUUUUCUUUGCUUGUUGAAAAUGACGCUAAUGUUAAGGCGAGAUUAAGUGGUGAAGUUAUUCAAAUAUUAAUAAUUUGUUUUAUGGUUAUAAUUAUGUAG